CCUUUGGGCACCUCGGACUACAGUUCCAAUCGCCCUGGCAUGCUUCAUCUGCCCAGCACCCUCGCACGGUGCUCCAGACACCUGUUGCACUGCGACCCAUCUUCCUCUCUAUAGUUUGGCCAGGCAUUGCCCUCCAACCGCCUCCAAGGCAUCCGUGGGGCAGAGGUGUCCUUGAGCAACAAAAGCCCCUUGGCUGCUCUUGGCCCCAUUUCAGGUUCUCCUUGUCCUUUGCCCUUGCUCCUGUACAGACGCGGCCAUACUCUGCCCAAGUCCCAUCAUCCCCAUCCCAGAACUCUGGAGGUGGUGGCACUACGCAGAAGUGAGAGAUGGCACAGUGGAGUUGCCAUCUUUGUGGCCUAUCUGCGCUUUGAACAUGGGAAAUGCCGGCGUGGUUCGCUUGGUCGCUCUCUACAGAACAAAUCCGUGUUAAAAACUCCUGUUGUCCUUUUCCCAAGUCUAGGAAGCUCCAUCCGGGAAAAACUCCCACAUGUCAUUACGAUUGGCAACCGGGCUGCUGAAUUUUUACAUUAUUCUACGGCGCUUGAAGUUCUUGUUGAACAAGCCAAGGUUGUCCUGAUGUGCCACAGUUGAUGUGACUGCAGGGUGGUCUCAAUCACCUCAGAUGGGAUGCAAAACCACAUGGGGAUAUGGGAUGGCUGACACGGACCUGUUCAUGGAAUGCGAAGAGGAGGAACUUGAACCCUGGCAGAAGAUCAGCGAUGUGAUUGAGGACUCUGUGGUGGAAGAUUACAACUCGGUGGACAAAACGGCUACAGUUUCAGUCAGCGUGCAGCCAGUGGCCGCCCCUGUGCCAACCGUUGCCCACGCGUCCAUCGGCAGCGGCCUCCCCACCACGCCCGUUAGCAGCAGCGGCACCUCCAACAGUGACAGCACGAAGAAGACGUUGGUGACUCUCUUUGCAAACAAUAGCACCGGCACGCCUCUGGUUCAGCAAGGGGGCCAGCCCCUGAUCCUCGCUCAGAACCCCACCUCCGGCCUAAGCACGGUGGUGACUCAGCCCGUUCUCCGGCCUGUCCAGGUCAUGCAGAAUGCAAACCACGUGACCAAUUCUCCAGUGACCAGCCAGCCCAUCUUCAUCACGACUCAGGGUUUCCCCGUGCGGAACGUCCGGCCUGUGCAAAACACGAUGAACCAGGUUGGGAUCGUCCUGAAUGUGCAGCAGGGCCAGACCGUACGGCCAAUUACGCUCGUCCCAGCCCCAGGCACGCAGUUUGUGAAGCCCACCGUCGGUGUCCCUCAGGUUUUCUCUCAAAUGGCCCAGGUGAGACCUGCUCCAACCAUGCCGGUCCGACCGGCCUCCAACACGUUCACAACGGUCAUUCCGGCCACCCUGACCAUCCGGAACACGGUCCCACAGUCCCAAGCGCAACCGCAAAUGAGCAUUGCGAGUUUUGUCGCAGUGAAGAAACCCGGCAUGGCGGGCGAGAACAGCAACGAGGUGGCCAAGUUGGUGAAUACCCUGAGCACCGUCCCUUCGCUUGCUCAGAGCUCGGGCCCCCUGGUGGUGCCCAACAACAGCCAGGCCCAUGGUUCCCAGAGGACGGGCCUCUCGGAGUCCUCCUCCCAGAAAGUCAGCUCCUCACCGAUCCCCGCCUUCGACCUGCAAGACAGCGGACGGAAAUCCUGUCCUCGCUGCAAUGCCCAGUUCAGAGUCACUGAAGCUUUAAGAGGCCAUAUGUGCUACUGCUGCCCCGAAAUGGUGGAAUUCCUGAAGAAAGGAAAACCCCUGGAGUCCGAACCAAAUAUCCAAGUCCCCAAGCCCCCUUCCCCGGAUAAAACCGCCGCUGUGGCUUCCCCCCCCUCCUCCACCCCCAUCCCUGCCCUGUCGCCGCCAGCCAAGCUCUCCGAGCCGAGCGACGGCACCAGCGAGGGGGUGCAGAGCAAGCUGAUCAUGUUGGUUGACGACUUCUACUACGGCAGGGACGGGGGCAAAGUGAGCCAGCUGCUUAACUUCCCCAAGGUGCCAACCUCCUUCCGAUGCCCGCACUGUACAAAGAGGCUCAAGAAUAACAUACGGUUCAUGAACCACAUGAAGCACCACGUCGAACUGGACCAGCAGAACGGAGAGGUGGACGUCCACACCAUCUGUCAGCACUGCUACCGACAGUUCACCACGCCGUUCCAGCUCCAGUGUCACUUGGAGAACGUCCACAGUCCGUACGAAUCCACCACCAAGUGCAAGAUCUGCGAAUGGGCUUUUGAGAGCGAGCCCAUGUUCCUGCAGCACAUGAAGGACACCCACAAGCCCGGGGAGAUGCCCUACGUCUGCCAGGUUUGCCAGUAUCGUUCGUCGCUCUACUCCGAAGUGGACACCCAUUUCCGGAUGGUGCAUGAGGACACGCGUCACCUCCUUUGUCCAUAUUGCCUCAAGGUCUUCAAAAACGGCACGGCCUUCCAGCAGCAUUUCAUGAGGCACCAGAAAAAGAGCGUCUACCACUGCAACAAAUGCCGCCUGCAGUUCCUCUUUGCCAAGGACAAGAUCGAACAUAAGCUACAGCACCACAAAACGUUCCGUAAACCCAAGCAGCUGGAAGGGCUGAAGCCGGGCACCAAGGUGACCAUCAGGGCCUCCCGAGGUCAGCCGCGGACGUUGCCCCUCUGCGCGAACGACAUGCCGCCGGGCCUCCUCCAGGACACGGCCUUGCUCUCGGCGUCUCCGGAUCCCCAGCCGAACUUCUCGUACCCGCCCUUCCAGAGGAGCAUCCAGAAGAAGGCUGUCCGGAAAAUGAGCGUCCUCGGCCGGCAGACCUGCCUAGAAUGCAGCUUCGAAAUCCCGGACUUCCCCAACCACUUCCCCACCUAUGUCCACUGCUCGCUCUGCCGUUACAGCACCUGCUGCUCCCGUGCGUACGCCAACCACAUGAUCAACAACCACGUUCCUCGCAAAAGUCCGAAAUACUUGGCCUUGUUCAAAAACUACACUGCUUGUGGGGUUCGGUUGGCCUGCUCCGCUUGCCUCUUUGCCACGUCGGAGGGUGACGCCAUGGCUAAACACCUGGUCUUCAACCCAUCCCACGAAUUCAGCAAUGUCAUUCUACGAGGUCCUGCUUGGAGUUCCCAUACAAGGCCUGCCCAGCCGCUCGAAGGAGGCACGCAACCCUCCGUCUCCACCGCCUCAUCCAGCAAAACCACCACUGUGAAUACGCCGCCUCCUCUGCCCGAGGAGGAGGAGGAGAAGGCCCAGGAAGCGCCGCCGGUGGUGCCCGAGCCAAUGCCUGAGGCCAGCCGCUCUCCCGCUGCGGUCCAGGAGAACGAGGGCUCCACCAUCUCAAACGUUGACAGCCGCGAAGAGGAACCCGAGCCCAAGGAGGCUCCUGAGCCCGUCAGCAAGAAGGAGCAGCUCUCCGUGAAGAAGCUCCGCGUUGUCCUCUUUGCCUUGUGCUGCAACACCGAACAGGCAGCGGAACAUUUUAAGAAUCCGCCUCGGCGGAUCCGUCGCUGGCUGAGGCGCUUCCAGGCUUUCCAGGAGGAGAACGUGGCUUCUCUGUCGGAGGGCAAGUACCUAAGCUUGGACGCAGAGGAGAAGCUGGCCGAGUGGGUCCUCACGCAGCGCGAGCAGCAGCUGCCAGUCAAUGAGGAGACUCUCUUACAGAAGGCCACCAAGAUUGGCCGGUCCCUGGAGGGGGGCUUCAAGAUCUCCUACGAGUGGGCCGUCCGGUUCAUGCUGCGGCACCACCUCAGCACGCACAGCCGCCGGGCGGUGGCUCACCCGCUCCCCAAGGACGUGGCGGAGAACGCCAGCUGCUUCAUCGAGUUCGUGCAGGGCCAGAUCCACACCCAGGACCUGCCCCUCUCCAUGAUCGCGGCCAUCGACGAGAUCUCCCUCUUCCUGGACGCAGAGGUCCUCUGCAGCGAUGACCGGAAGGAGAAUGCCUUGCAGACGGUGGGCACUGGGGAGUCCUGGUGCGAUGUGGUCUUGGCCAUCUUGGCCGACGGGAGCAUCCUGCCCACCGUGGUCUUCUACCGAGGACGCCUAGAGCAGCCCGCCAAUGUGCCGGAGAUGAUCCUGCUGGAGGCGAAGGAGAACGGCUACAGCGAUGAUGAGAUCGUGGACGUCUGGUCGUCCAAAGUCUGGCAGAAACACAUCGAGCACCAAAACAGCAAAAGCAUGCUAGUCCUGGACUGCCAUCGGACGCACCUUUCCGAAAAGGUCCUCUCCAUGCUGAGCUCGUCCAGCACCUUGCCGGCGGUGGUGCCGUCCGGCUGCAGCUCCAAAAUCCAACCCUUGGACGUUUGCAUCAAAAGAACGGUGAAAAACUUUGUGCACAAAAAGUGGAAAGAGCAGGCCAAGGAGAUGGCGGACUCCUCCUGCGACUCGGACAUCCUCCUGCAGCUCGUCCUGUGUUGGCUGGCCGAGGCCCUGGAGGUCAUCAGCGACUGCCCCGAACUGGUGCAGCAGUCGUUCCUGGUGGCCAGCGUCCUGCCCGGCCCGGACGGCACGGCCAACACGCCCACCCGCAACGCCGACAUGCAGGAGGAGCUGAUCGCUUCGCUGGAGGAGCAGCUGAAACUCCACAACGAACUGCAGGACGAGGAGGGCGACCUGAACAACGAGGGGGGGAAUCCGUCGGAGGAAUCCGCUAACCCCGAGAUCCUGCACCAGCUCUUUGAGGGGGAGAGCGAGACCGAAUCCUUCUACGGCUUCGAGGACGCAGAUCUGGAGCUGAUGGAAGUGUGAACGCCGAAGGAGAAGGGGGGGGGGGGGAAUGAGAUUAAUUCCUUCUCUUUUUUAAAAAAUUCAUUGUUGGAAGAGACCAUUUUUUUCCUACUUCCCUGUGGAUUUGUGGCUACAGGAGACGUGUAGGCGAAACACACACAAACUUUAACGAUAGCCAUGUAUGCUGUUCCGAUUCCUUCAAAAAGAAAAAAACCCCACUUUUCCCUCCUCCCCCCCUUUUCAAAUCACUGUUGUGGCAUUUCCUGAAGAUAUAUAUUGUGGGUGGAUUUAUUAUUAUUUGGUUUUCGUUUUGCAUUUCCUUUACCUCACUGUAUUAUAGUUUCUGGGUUUUUAUUUUGUUGGUUUUUUUUUUUAUACUGUGCAAAACAAGUUUUUCGUUAUACCACAUCAUCAAUGUGACUUUAUUUUUUAUUUUUUUUUGGAGGGCAAGGAAAAGCGAUCCGUAGCCAAUGGAAGAUUUCUCAAAUCUCGCUCUUUCUGUUGGCCAUAGCCGCUUAUUUUUUUUAAUUUUUUUUCCCUAUAACAGUUGGACCCGGAAACGUAGAAAUUCUGGGGUAAUUUUUUUUCUUAAGCUACGAAUAAUUUACUUUGAACCUUCGAAAAACGUUCUAGAGCUGCCCACAAAAAUAAUUGGGAAGAUUGCUUUAUGGAAAGGAGACGAGAACAGCAAUUAAAUGCAGGCAUUAUUGUUUAGGAAGAGGCAAAACCUCCCUUCAUGUUUUUGUACGAAACUUGGACGUGGACAUUAAAAGUAAAGCAAAAAUUCACUUGUAGGAAAAAUAAAACACCCACCCAGAUUUCUUAGCAGUCGAUGCAAAACCUUUUCAAAGUUCCCGGUGGCGAAACGUUUAUCCGAGUUGCUACCAAGAGAGCGCGGUGGGGGACAGUUCAUACCCCACUGUGACCCCCUUUCUCCGGCGGCCGAUCGCAAACGGAUUCUCUUGAACGGAUCCCCCGACAUCGCCUUUUAAAAACUCUGCAAGCUACUGACGCCUUUCGCCGAGACACUACGUCCCCUGACCCACGUUCUGCAACUGAACCCCCAACUCUCGACGUGCACAAAAACGAGGGAAAUUUCCUGUUUUAUUUUACACUGCCAGCAUAAAAAACAAAAAACAAAAACCAGAGACAUUUAAAAAAAAGAGAUGUUUUUUCUACUGUUUGCAUGUUUGAGAGUUUUUUAAAUUGUAACGUAUUAUGGUCUAAAUGACAAAGAAAACAUUUUGACACAUAGAAAAAACAAUCCGCCGUCUCAUCCUGUACAUCUUUUCUGUUUUUCCUUUGAGGUUGGGUGGGGGCGGAAUUAAAAUCUUCCCUCGUCUUUCCCCUUCCCUUCCCCAACUCCCCGAGGCCAAACUCAAGGGAAGCAGGAAAUAGGGUGGUUUGACCUGUAAAUGGUUCAUCUUUAAAAUGUACAUAUGUGGAACAUUUAAUAAAACCAGGGAAAUGGA